UUUUCUUCGUCGUUCAAUGCUGACACUCAAAGCAAGACAGUGGAAUUAUCUAGAUAUAUAUGUAUUUCAUAGAGUUCGUAUUGCGCGUCCGAAAUUGUUAUGAAUAAACGGUGCCUUGGAUGGACAAGUUCGGCUUGACUUCGAAUUCUUUUUCCGAAUCAUUCGGGGUACAUGCAUCUCUUCCCUUUUCGGACAAUCGUGGACCUUACUGUGAAAGCUGGUUCUUGGGAUAUGGCAUAGACAUCAUCAUCAGAACAAAGGUAGUGAAUUUGGCGUCACGUCAAGUCGAUGGCCAAUAUUACUUUUCCUUUCCUUCCUUGCACCACGACACGACCUUUGUGUUGAACAUCGUGAGGUCUUUUCUUUGGAUCGCUUGUCGUUAUCAUUGCAACAACUGUGGAACCAUGAAUCGUCAUAGCUUGCACCAAAUAGCAGGACCGUCAAGCUCUCCCAUAUCCAACAUCCCUAAACGCUUCGCUCCGCACCUAUACGUCUCUGUGGCAGCUAUACACAUUUACACGGGCUCAACAGGCCCACAAGGUUCAACGCUCAUUCCAAUGGUUGCGAGAGUUGUGCGUAAAGUCAGAUUUUAAUGCCUGCCCUGUGGCAACAACGAUAUAUAUUGAACAGUCUGUGGUCGAUUAUCGGGGUUCUAUCCUGAUAGAUACAUUUGUACGACCAACACACUAUGUGCAGAGCAUGAGAUUCCUCGAAACAAACAUACAGCUUACCGAUGUU